UUUUAUAAAUCCAAGGAUUCUGCUUGCUUCUCUAUGCCAUAAACAUGGCAUACAGCAAAAAGUUAAUGCAGCAGUAUAAAACAUUAGAAUGUCCUGACAUCAGGCAAUCUGUUUAUGUUAAAUUUGAUAUUUCUAUACUUGUAACUAAGGCACCAGGCUAAAACUGACAUUCUCUGAUCAGUUCAUGCUGACACUGCUGAAGGCAGAAAAGCCUGGGGCUGUUCCAGACUUGUUAAUUAAGACAGGUCACCCGUGUCAGAGACAGUGUAUAGGAUUUGCUUAUCUCAUAGCUGAGUAUUCGAUAUAUGUGAAGUUGAGUAUAAACUAACUUUAGCCUUAACAACAAUUACAACAGUAUGCAGACUUGAGAUUUUUUUGGGGGAAAUCUACUAGUAGCAAUAUACCAGACCAGUUCAGUAGUGGCAGCUUGGGGGCUUUUUUUCCCCCCAUAUACAUAUGCAGCUUGAUAAACCAUUAUUUUCAGCCUCCUAAAGAGUUUUGCAGACUAAAAUCUUUACCUGUGUGUAAGCUGCGUAUUCAUAAGAUGUCUAGGGUGAAAUAGUUCUUAAGUCACUUACCAUGUGUUCUGGUUAAAAAUUAAGUCAUUUUAGUUGGCCCCCAUUUCAGUUUCUUUAUUGAUAAGCCCAUUUGAGGUUUUCCUCCUCUGGAUCCCACCUCCACUACUAGCCUGACAAACUGAUAGAGCUCUCCCAGCUAGACAGUACAAGGAAAGCAUGUGAUGCCUAUACCAUUCAAGGGAAAGUCCUUUUUGCCAUUAAUCCUGAGGCUGUUGAUCCUGAGGCUGAUUUUGUUCGCAUACACAUUCAAAGUUGCACAUUAAAGUAUUUCAUUUUCAGGUUCUUACUUUUGUGCAGGCAGGGGUUAUUGCAAAUUGCACACAACUACUUCCCAGAGGAAGACUUGUCCCGUUGUUUUUGGAAGAUAAUGGAGAAUAGCCCUUUCUUGGCUAGCAUAAUGAAGCAGAAUGCUUUUAGCUGUGAACUGAAGUACGACUUGUCCUGUGAACUCUACAGAAUGUCAACGUUUUCUACUUUCCCCCACAACGUGCCGGUCUCGGAACGGAGUCUUGCCCGUGCUGGAUUUUAUUACACUGGUGUGCAAGAUAAAGUUAAGUGCUUCACUUGUGGCUUAACGUUGGACAACUGGCAACCAGGAGAUAAUGCCAUGGAAAAACAUAAACAGCUCUACCCUAGCUGCAGUUUUGUUCAAAGCAUGCUUUCAGUUAACAACCUUGGACUGUCCUCUCGUUCUGCCAGUUCACCUCUGGUUGCAAACAAUCUCUUGCCAUCUCUACAUUCCAGAACGCUUUCUCCAAGUUUAGAACAAGUUGAAUAUUUCAGUGGCUCUUUUUCAAGUUUUCCUCAAGACCCAAUAACUACUAGGGCAGUUGAAGACCUUUCAUUCUUGAGACCUAAACUUCACAAUCCUUCUAUGAGUACAGAAGAUGACAGACGACGGACUUUUCAUUCGUGGCCGCUGACAUUUCUCUCACCCGCUGAUCUGGCAAAGGCUGGACUUUAUUAUUUGGGGACAGCAGAUAGAGUUGCUUGCUUCACCUGUGGUGGCCAGCUGAGUAACUGGGAACCGAAAGAUAACGCCGUGUCAGAGCAUCGUCGGCACUUUCCUAACUGCCCUUUUGUGGAGAAUCUUGCCCGAGAGCAGCCGAGUUUCAACGUUUCCAAUGUGAGCAUGCAAACCCAUGAGGCACGUGUGAAAACGUUCAUAAACUGGCCAACCAGAAUUCCAGUUCAGCCUGAGCAGCUUGCAGAUGCUGGCUUUUACUAUGUAGGCCGCAACGAUGAUGUCAAGUGUUUUUGCUGUGAUGGUGGGUUAAGGUGCUGGGAAUCUGGAGAUGAUCCGUGGAUUGAGCAUGCAAAGUGGUUUCCAAGGUGUGAGUAUCUGCUUCAUGUGAAAGGAGGAGAGUUUGUAAGUCAAGUUCAGGCCAGGUUCCCUCAUCUUCUUGAACAGCUCUUGUCAACCUCUGAUAUGCCUGUAGAUGAAAACAUUGAUCCCCCAAUUAUUCAUUUUGAACCUGGAGAGAGUCGUUCAGAAGAUGCAAUCAUGAUGAACACACCCGUGGUUAAAGCUGCCUUGGAGAUGGGAUUCAGUAGAAGGCUGAUAAAGCAAACAGUGCAGAGUAAAAUUUUGACCACUGGAGAAAACUACAAGACUGUGAAUGAUCUUGUAUCUGAUCUGCUCACUGCUGAAGAUGAGAAGAGGGAAGAAGAGAAAGAAAGACAGUUUGAGGAAGUGGCAUCAGAUGAUUUGUCCUUAAUCCGGAGGAAUCGAAUGGCUUUAUUCCAACGCCUGACCUCUGUACUUCCGAUCCUUGGGAGUUUGCUGUCGGCUAAAGUGAUAACCAAACUUGAGCACGAUGUCAUUAAGCAAAAGACUCAGACACCAUUGCAAGCAAGGGAACUGAUAGAUACAGUUUUAGUGAAGGGAAAUGAAGCAGCCAGCAUAUUCAGAAACUGUCUACAAGACUGUGACCCUGUGCUGUACAAAGAUUUAUUUGUGGAGAAAAAUGUGAAGUAUGUUCCUACAGAAGAUAUUUCAGGUUUACCUAUGGAAGAACAAUUGAGAAGACUGCAAGAGGAAAGAACAUGUAAAGUUUGCAUGGACAAAGAAGUUUCCAUUGUUUUCAUUCCUUGUGGUCACUUGGUGGUAUGCAAAGAAUGUGCACCAUCCCUGAGGAAGUGCCCUAUUUGCAGGGGGACGAUAAAGGGUACAGUUCGUACAUUUCUUUCGUGAAGAGGGAAGGUUGCAACAUGCCUGGUGCCUGUCAUCCUCUGACUGCUGAAGCUUAAGCCAGCAGUGUCUUAAGAAUGGAAAACUCUGGUGCAGAAGAUGAUUAAUCAGCUUCCUGACACUGUUGUGUAAUAGUAAACUGUAUCAUCAUUAUAGGUGUACUAAGUCUUCCUUGCCAAAGACUAUUUAUGUUCAUAAAACUAAGUCAAGACUGAGGUGAGGUUUUUGUAGCUUUACUUUCUGAGCAAGUUUCACUAGUUCCACUAGUAUGCCCUUGUGGCACUGAAUAAGGAAGAAAACCUUUCUGGUUGAGUUCCUAAAAUGGAGCUUGGCAUAGCUCUUCUCCUGAGUUUCCUCUGUGUGGAUGUGAGGAAAUAUGUUAAGAUUGCUGUUCAUUAAUGAUUAAUACUAAUUAAUUUCUGGUUUGGGUUUCCUGUGAGCUUGAGGAGAAAAGAGGCUAACUGUUGCAGGAACAGCAGGACUUUUAAGAAGUUUUGUUCAUGUCUAGAUACUUGUGUAAUGUGUAUUAAUAACAGUUUAUUGAAGGCUGAAUUAAAAUAUUUCUACUUGUAAAG